UUGUUGCCGUUCGAUGAUCUCAUACUGUUUUUGGGCAAACAUAUACACACACACACACACACAAAUUCGCCCUCUCGAAUCGCGAAAUUUUUUUGGCCUCGAAUAACGUGUGUUGGCGGGAGCAACCACAGCAAAAAAUGAGCGGUUGCUAGAUGAGUGUGUGAUGUGAGGGGCGUUUUUUUUUACACGUCAAUUUGAAAGCAUCAAUUUCACCUACAUAUAAAUUCAUACCCAACGCAACUUAUCGCGAUAGCACAUCGAGUAGCCUAGCGCGCGGGUUUAUUGAUUUCUUAUCUCGACACAACUGUCCUCCCUUUAUGCGUCGUCCCGCUUUGUCCCGCGACCAACCAAUUGUGUUUAUCUCGUUUCGCUGUCAAUAGCGAGAGAGUGGAAGAAGUACGCUUACCACGGUUGUUAUCAAUCGCGGAUUCGUGUAGUUCCGAGUGCGCGAAGUGGACAAAAGGAAGAAAAAGCAAAAAUAAGGCAAACAGAUAACAGCAAACAAGAGACAAACUACCCCAAAACCGUCGCAGCGGGAUGUAAGCGAGAAACUUUCCGUGUGGUGUGUGUCUCCACGGUUGUCCUCCGUGCAAUUCUGCUGCCAACAGUCGGCACUAAAUGGUGUGAUUCACGCACGGCUGAUUCGUGGCAUCGGAUUAAGUGUGUGUUUGUGUGGGAGAUAUACAAAACGUUUAGCUCUUAAUGUGGUGUUUUCUUCCUCUUUUUUGUGUUAAAAUUAUCAAAAUUCCAUUCCAUUAUCCAAGCUCUUUGGGUGUGGUUGAAGUGCGUGCGUGAUUUCCAAUAAACGUGUGUGUGUGUGAUUCGUCCCUGUAAUUUACAUGGCCAUUACACUCCACUUUCCGUACAGUGCACUAGAAAGAAAACGCAUAACAUACAGUGUUGAACGAGUGUGCUACUGCUGCAAACGCGAAAUACUUCGAAAGUGCAAGCUUAAAUGCAUCUAGUGACAGCGCCUCGAACGCGUACCGAAUGAGCAGAAACAUGAAAAGGCAGCUGGAAAAGUUCAAAGAGGAACUCAAAUCGAACCUCUCACGGUCCAGUAAGGCGGAAAAGAAUGCCGACGGAUUGCAGGAAAUCGAGCGUGAAGUCGACCGCUACAAAGACAUUCUGCAGAACCUUAACAAGCGGAUAGCGACGAACGUUUCCGCCGGUCAGCCGCAGGAUGCGGUGGCACGCGAGAAACGAUGCAAGAAGGUGCCCGAGUUCCAGCUUGGCCAGCUGAUGGAAGAUUCGGUCAAGGAUCUACCCGCCGGUCUGCUGAAGGAUGUGCUGGACACGUGCGCACGCGUCGAGAAGCGAAUAGCGACGGAGAUAGUGAACAACGAGGUGAAUGUGGAGAACUCUGUCAGCAAAAACCUCAACGACAUCAUCGAGCGCCACUUGUCCACGAUCCAGAAGCAGAAGCGCGUCGUCACCAAGUGCCACCAGGAGUAUGAGGCCUCACGGCAAAAGUAUGAUUCGGCCCAACGUAACAGCGAUCAGGCGGGAAAUCAGGCAAAGAUCACCCAGCUUAAAGAUGAUCAGGAGGAGCUGCACACCAAGCUGGAGAAGGAGCGCGAUCUGUACGAAUCGUACAUGUACGAGCUGCUGGCGGAGGAGGAAAACAUCGCACUGUUCGUGAAAGAGUAUGUCAAGCAUCAGGAGCUGUACUUCACAUCGGGCUUGCGGGAGAUACAGCAGACGAUGCGAAGCAUGGACGGGUUGUUCCGUCGGAAUAAUAAGCAAAUCUUCAACACACCCCUGCGGGAUCAUCUGAAGGCGACGGAUCGUAAAAUUGCUUACGUGAUCGAACUGUGUGUUUGCUGUCUGCUGGAGAAGGGUCUGUACGAGGAAGGGUUGCUACGAGUCGGCUGCGCCUCAUCUAAACUACGUCGCAUGAUUUCUGCGAUCAACGCUAACUACGUGUCGCCACCGUUAGCGGACAAAUAUUGCGAUCCGCACGUCGUUGCGGGUGUACUAAAAAAGUACCUACGAAGCUUACCGGAUCCGUUGUUAACGUUCGAGUUCUAUCCGGACUUUGUACAGGCGGCUCAAAAACCGAGCGAUGCGCAACGGAAGGCUGCCAUCCUCGAUAUCGUGAACCAGCUGCCUAGAGAAAACUAUGACAACCUGCGCUACCUGACCAAGUUCCUGUCCUAUCUGGCGGAGAAGAAUCAGGAGAACAAAAUGUCACCGCAAAACAUUGCGAUCGUCAUGUCGCCCAACUUGCUGUGGUCACCGAACGAGAAUGAUAACUAUAUGGAUCAGGUGAACAGUACUGCCACGGUGAACACGAUCGUUGAAGCGCUCGUAGCCGAUUGGGCGUUCUUCUUUGAUGGUGAGGUAAAUUUCUACGCCAGCAUGACCCGGGAUGCACUGUUCCCGGACAAUGGGGGGUUUCCGUUUGAUAAGGAUCAGCACGUAAGGAGUGUUCCUAGUGCCGGAGGGGAUAUGAUGUCCCGGUCGAUGUUUGUCACAUCGUCAACCGGUGGUCAGCCAACGGUUGCUGUAACGAUGACGGGCGGUAGCAGCCAGGACGAGCUGCGCCUUGGUCGUGGAGAGGGUGGAGGUGGCGGUGGUGGUGGAGGAGGAGGAGGAGGAGGCGGAAUAGGAGUGUCACAUUCCCGCAGCAGUAGCCACGAUACUAGUCUUAUUCUAAUCAAUAGUAAUAGCAAUCACAACAACAGUGGUGGCGGCAGUACGGAUCAGCUGAAGUAUCGCAGUCAGUCGAACAGUUCACUAUCGGAUCAUUCCAGCCCGCCACAGGAGUACAGUCCGAAGCUACCUAUCAGACGGAAGCACAACAAACAGGUAGCGCCAACACCGCCGGACAACCAUCACCAUCACCACAACAAAGCAUCGCGAGACAUUAACAAUAAGCUGCAGUCGACACAUUACUUCAAGCAGCUGAGCAAUACGGGUGGGGCAGGUUCGGCCAGUGGCAACCAUAAUGGGGACGGUGACGAUGGGUUUGCAUCGCUGCAGCAUCACGCGUACAAGCAGGCACAGGCGGAGUACGAACGUCAGCCAAUGAUGCGUGCCGAAAGUCACGACAAUCUGCUGAAGCUAAAGUCGACCGAUAAGAUACCGCCACCGAGGCCGGCCGCCGUCAGCGUUGACAGUCAGGUGCUGGGGAAAAUUAAGGCCAGUGUAGCUAACAGCACCCUUCAGCAGCAGCACCAAAACAAGCAACCAAAUGCUCCCAAUUGUGAUACAACUAGCAGUAGUAGCAGUAGUAAGGAGAACAAGGAAAACAAUAACCGGGCGGCAUCGGCUGGAGUGGGAUCCGUGUUUCCACCAUUGAAACCAGUGGCCCUACCAAGAACAACCAUACUCGGUUCUUCGUCGAAAGCUGUCGGGCCGGCGAGUGGGAACAGCAAUAACAAUAACGAUGAUGGUGGCGAUUCGGCUAGCGGUACGGCCGGCGGUGGUGUGGUAAUACGGGAGAAACCGGUCAUACCCGAACGGCCCGCCACACUAAUGCGCCCGAUGAGUUUCAAGGGUUCGAUACCGGAGAUAUCGAAAGUAAGCGAAGGUACCAACACAAUCAUUAGCGGAAUAACGUCAGCUUCGGCGAGUUCGCUAAAGAAAGCGCAAAGCUUCCGCGGUGAAACGACGGCCGGUAAUCGAAUAGGUGUGUCGGAUAAACAGUCCGAACUCGAGCGUGGUACGCUGGAACGGACGCAAAUCUACAACAUCGACAAGCAGCAGGUUGCAUUCAUCGACGUAGUGGAGCGUUCAUCCGACGAGGAUCAAGGUACGGGCACGGGACUGUCGAAGCCAAAGCAAUCGAGUACGCGCAAGGAAAAACCGGACCCACUGCCCGCUAGUGCCGUGAGCCAGCAACAGUUGGAUACGGUCGGUACCACGGUGCCCCAAGGUACUCCACCGCUAGCAAUGAUGGAAUCGACCGGCUCGCUGGGCAGUGACGUUCAAUCGCCCGUCAAUCCAAUGCCACCACCGUCAGCAAAAAUGACACCGAGCGGUACAACGACAGCAACAACCAACAACAGCGCCAGUUCGAAUGCUAGCACCACCAACACUACUACUAGUCUGCAGCAUGUCCCACAGUCACCGCGUGGCAUUGAUCCGAAAAUAAAGCGGCCACAGGUACCGGCACCGCCACCACCGGUCGGGCGACCAAAAUCGUCCGACUCGACCGAUUUAUAACAGUUCGGGGAGGUGUUGAUCUAGAAUCCGGUCACGGUACGGUGUGCCUAAACGUAGCACACCGAAUUCGCUAAGCAGCCAAGCGGCCAUGCGGUUUCCAUUUUUCCUUCCAAUGCCUAUUUACCUGUUGCUAACUGUUGUUUGUUAUGUAGCUAUUUUCUUUUCCACUUUUCGUACUUUCUUUCCAAUAGGACAAUAUUACGUUUCGUUAGCGAUUGGCGUUUUGUAUCGCAUUCAAUCGAUAUCGGUGAAUAGUGAAAUGUUGUGAUGGCGUUAGUUAAAUUAGAAAUAACACCAAAACGAUUCAGAAUCACACUCGGCAGAUAGACAGUGAACAGAUAUGGUAGAAAGAAAAUCUUUAAAGGUUUUAGAAAAUACUUUUCUUUUAGGUUUUUUCCCUCUUCUUUGUUUAAAAGCGGUUCUUUUCGAAGUACUGCAUUAUAGUUAAGUGAAAUUGAUUUAGUUAGGACAUCAUGAACUAUGGCACAUAGGAAAAAAGCGUAAGCUGUAAACAUUGUUGUGUUUUGUGAGAAUAAGGAUGAAUAGGAGUGCGCAAAAUCAUCACAAUUUAGUUAGGAGUGUCACAUCACAAACAACCGGGACAAGAUUGGUUAAGUCUGAAGCUAAAAGUAAUUAUUACUACCAACAUCAUUUAUGGCUGCCGCGAACUCUACUGUUGCUGACAUUACUUCAACCAAAGCGCGAUCCCGGGGUUUUUUGUAAUGCCAAGGACGCGGCUACAAAAAAAAGGAACCAAAACUAAUUUUCUGUAAAACAGUGGUAAUUGAAAAUGUUCUUUUCUUGCCCGCUCACGGUUGAGAUUUAGCAGCGAUUGCUAUUUGGGUUUUCUGUCUGUUUGGAAAGGACAUAAAAAAAACGGGACGGCAAAAGAAUAACUCGCGAAACUAGCCACAUUUGGCAUUUAGGAAGCAACCAUGCGGAAGGUUGCAAUUUUCGCUGCGUCUCAUUCUUUCGGACAUUUGAUUAAUGGCUCGGUUGGUGCGAUCUUCCGUGCGCACAGUGUGUAGUUGUGUAUUUGUUGCUGUGUGUGCAUGCGGCAGGAUUUAUCGUUUCGGGUCGGAAAUUGAAUUUUACUUGUAAAGAUAUAAAAAAGAAUGAAAACUAAUGAAAGCGAAGUGCACACCGUCAAGAAAGGAUGUUCUUGACCGAAGGACGAAGGAAAAAGUGUCAGAACGGUGUUUUUUUUUUAAGUUCAAACAUUACUAUUACUCUUGGCAAUGCAAUGUGGUACUGUCUAACAAUAUGCUUCAGACAAUGUUCGAAUGCUCGAAUUGGAAGUCAUUCUUAGCCUUGACCGAAGAAGAGGAAAAGGUUUUCCCGCGAAUCGCUGUUUUUGUUUGUUGGACUGCUGCAGAUCGCCACUGUAGUAGUGAUGAGGAUGCUUUUAAGGAUGCAACCGAACACCAAACGGUGUGAAUUGGUGAAUGGUUUAAAAUCAUCGUGAGUCAUUUUCCAGCGAAAUUCUUGCCUUGUAGUAGGUUGGUUUAAAAAAUGCAACGUGAUCAGCAUGAAGCACCACGCUAUCAAACUAGCACGGAAAGGAAAUGUAAGUUAGUUAUUAGGACACGUGAAACUAAUACGAAUUAUUUUGUUGCAAUUAUUUCCAACAAUACGCGAAAAACGUUGUUCACAAAAAAGAGCUUUUGUUUAUUGGUUAUUUAAAAAUUUCAGAAGUACACACAAGUAAGGAAACAAGAAAAAGAACUGGAUUCUACCACAGCCGAGAGUAUUAUGUAGGGAAAAUUGGAUUCUUAUGAACGUAAGUAAAAAAAACGCAAAAUGUACAAUAUUAAAUAUCAUUUACCGAGAACGCAAAAAAGGAAAAUCAAUCGAUCGAGUUUAUUAGAGAAUUAUUUCGCCCAGGAAUAUUGUUGCCGUUCUCUGAACAAGCUUUACAUUUGAUUACUUCUGAUAUAGAUCACGUUACAUGUAUGAUAGAAAAGAAAUUGCGACUUAUACAACAAUGAAGAAUGGCAAAAAAAGAGAAAUGAAUCAAAAGAAAACGUAUUAACAUAUCAAAAAAACACAUUUCUGCUUCAUCGUCUAAAGCGAUGAUUAUAACGCUAACCGCUCCUAAUCUCGCUCUCUUUCACUGAACUGGCAGAGCGCACCAGCUUAUCAUCAUACAAAUGAGCUUUAUAAAAUUUACAAGCAUUUGCGCAAAAAAAAAACAACUUCAAUGCAUUUCACCCCGAACCGGGCGCAUAAUAAUGAGAAUGCCACGAAUUACAUUCAAAAUCAGUAUUGUGUUGAUUACUGCAACGGUGUCUAACCGCAUAAGCUACCAAUUUUAAUGGUGUGCUUGUGUGAUGGUUAAGCGAUAAUCUUGUCCCCCGCAUACGCGUUUUGUACCAUAAUUUACAUCACAAAUCCUCCUGUUUCGGAUCGGUUUUAUGUAGUUAGAGGGAAGGGUGAAAAAAAAAGAAACUAAUGGAAAAUAACCUGCAUACAAGCAAAAUGCGGCGGAUAACAUUACGUUACAAGUACGUUGGUCUUUUUCGCGUUUGCUGGUUUCAUGUGCGGUUUUACGAAGUGUAGUGCGGGUAGGGAACUAAUUUCGAUCUCAUAUCAAAUGCAACGGAAGAGUGAUGGAGCCAGAACAUAUUUCUCGCCGUUGUUCCGUUCACAGUUUGCCAAAAUUUCCAAAGUAGAGACAGGUGGAUAAUGUGCGUUGUUUGGCUGGACGUAGUGAAUCGUUUUUUUAUCAUCCAAACACGUUCUGAAAUGAUGGCGUAGCGUGGCAGUGAUGAGUUGAAACAGUGAAGGAAAAGCGUCAAAAACAGCACACACACACACAUAACACGGGUAGGGUGUCACAUCCGGAUCGCAUACGAUUCCACCAACACCCUCGGUUGGAAGGGUGGCAAUGUUUCGGUCAACGCUGGGAGUAAUUAGCAUUUAAACAAAAUCAUCAUCAAUAUUCAUUAAAAUUUGUUACUCCCGUGUCUUUUUUUCGGGAUAAUGCCGUUGUGUGGUGAACAAGAAACAAGCAAACUGGGAAAGAAACCGUUUCUGCAUGGACCUAUGAAAGGGUGAAUAUGCAAACCGCCACAUCCGUUGUAUACAUUUAACGGAACAGAUAUUGCUCUGGUGAAAUGCGUCCGCUUCUGCAGGUGACAUGAACGUAAUAACCCCUCCGCAAAAGCAGCAAACAAGGCACGCAAGAAGAAGGGGUGUUAGAAAAAAAAAAUGGUGGGGAAAAUACUGAACCCAGUCCGCCAUUCAGUGACGAUCCAUUGCCACAGGUGCGUUUUUCGAUUGCAUCACAGUAUUGUACUGUGUUCUCAGCUUCAUUAUGCUUUUAAGUGGAUGGAGAUUUUUUUUUUACUUCACAAUGUUCUCGCACACGAUCAAGCAUGAUCAUAUGGUGAAAUGUACAGUGAGUGUAAAAAAUAUUUGUUUGCCUUUAUAUAUUUUUCACAAAAGGGUGAAUUAGGCGUCGUGAACAGUGAAAUUAAUGGUUAUGUUUAACAGUUGGUGAAAAGAUUUUUUUGUUUUUUUUUUCUAAAGUUUUGCAGUUCAAUAACAAAAGCCGUAGUAGUUGAACUUUUUUUUAUAUCCUCAAAAAGUAUUGAAUUUCAUGGAUUUUGUUCUAACUCUUAUUGUUUUUGGCGCAACGAUCACUAAGUUCUUGCCAAAUUAUGACUUAAUAAAGUUAUUGUUACCAAUUAUCUGAAAAGUCAAUCCUCCGGACCGAUACCGGUGUGGCAAAGACAAAAAAAUAUUAUAAGCAUAGACUUAUCAAAGACAUGCAGAUCAACCUAAUUCCAUCGUGGAAAUAAAGAUUAACCACUCUUGUGUUAUGAAAUUAAUGCAAAAUUUGGAAGAACUAUACUGUAUUGUUUGGGAAGUUAAAGCAAGUGGCUAAAAAGAAGCUUUUGGCCCAAUUAAUAAAAGUUGGGAAAUUAUUUUCAUCGGUUUAAAUAAGUUCAAUAUAUUGGGAUGGACGUCGUCUAUUGUAAUGUAAAAGAAAAUAUUAUUUUGAAAUCUGUUUUCUUAUUUUUGUGCGAAUAUUACAUUAUAAGCCAUACAGACGAAUACUUUUUGCCUGUGUCACUAAUUGUACGGUCCCUAAUUUGCCUUUCUGUGUAAAAUAUGCUGCUGGACGUAUACUUUCGACACACACUGUAUGUGCGAGAAGAUAACGUGCCGAAUGGAAAACGAUUGAAUAGUGAGGAAACUUCACCAAAGCAACACAUUUUACCCGGUCACCAUUUAGUGACGAGUUCCAGACACUACUCUGUCGCAGUAUUAUUCGUGUGCAGUACAUUUCGAAGAGUGUAACGAGAACGGAAGUAAAAACGUAAUAUAUCAGCAGUGUAUGUCAAUGUGGUAAACCACGCGAUCCAUCCCGCUUUUUAUCUCCAAAUGCUGGUCGGAAAAAAAACACCUGACAUCCGUCUGGUGGAGUAUUUCUUUUUGUGUGCCUUUGUUCGUGACUCGUCGCUAAUUACGAUCGAUUGUUCUGGUGGUUGUGUGAAGGGAUUUACCAACCCUACCAACCAUACACACAUGCAUACCUGUUACGAUUGAAAAUUGUUCAUUGGUUUAAUUUUUUUCUCUCAUAUUCUGGAGAAAUUUCAUAUGCAAAAGAAAAAAGCCUACUGCUACGGAAAAAGUAGCUACUUUUAUGGAAUGGAAUUGUCAGUGAAAUGAAGGUUUGAUUUCUUCAUUCUCUCAUUUCUUGUUUGGUGGUGCAAAAUUAAAUGCUUCUACAUAUGUAUGCAUUUGGGGGGAUUGAGAUGGUUUGAAACCAAUAGUGAUGUUUGCAUAUUAAAGAUAAUGUUAUUGCUGUUGCUACUUUUGCUUCUACCAUAGCUGCUAUCUUCUUCUUCUAGAGCUUUAACACUUUACAGUGCUAUAUGAAAGUAAAAAAAAUCUUUUUAAAACGUAAUAAAUAUUAUUUAAAAUGCCUCAUGCAAUGUGUAAUAUGUAAACACAAUCAAACAUCCACAACAAAAAACGAAAACUACUUCUCUUCUAUCUAACCUCUGCAUAAGUGCCCCCUCUGCUGCGAAGCGAAUUAAUAAAAGGAAGAAAAAUAAAGAAAAAAAAACACACAAAAAACUCAUAAAACGCUUUUUUGCCCAUACAAGUCAUAAGAGAAGGGUAAGAAAAAGAAAAAAAAUUACAAAAAUGUGAACAAAUUAAAAACAGAAACAUGAAAGUGGAGAAAACGAGAAAAAAAACAUGUGUAAAGUAAGUGUGAUUUAAAGAGAAAAAAAAGAAGAAGACAAAAAAGGAACAUGUGAACUAAACGAAACGUGAUACAAUGUUCGAAAAGAAGGAAAGGAGAUAGAAAACAAGUUAAGUAAAAUGGGCUCACUAAAGGACGCCCUAGUGACCAGCCACAGGUACAUACUUUUAUAAGUUGAUGAGUAGUGUGAAUUUAAUUCAAUUUAUUAUAUGUUUCAUUCGCUGUCGCUGGUUUUUUUGUGUUUGUUUGCUUCUUCCGCCUAUCGGACGCUACGUAUGGAAGCAAACACGAGUACGAAUAUAAAAGCGUAACAUAAAGCAGCAAACUUUGUGCUAAUGAUAAUUGGCGCGCGCAAGAAAAAAAAACAGCAAAAAACGUAUUACUACAAUCAAUUAUGCAUUAAUAAUUAAACGCCGCAUUAAUGAUGAAUCGAUGACCGUGUGUGACGGAUAAUGAAAUUGAAUGGAAACAUUAAAAUGGAUAAAUAUGAGAUGGAAGCGCGCAUCGUAGCGAUAGUGGCCGCUAUGUUCUAUUGAUUAGAGAUAGCGUUGGAGAAGAAAAAAAAAAACGGAAAAUCAAAUGAAAAGUAAAGGUACAACAACAAUCAGGUCCUUCGCCCCGGGCGGACGGGGUGGAAAUUUGUGCGUAAAAUCCAUCAUUAUGAAUAACAGUAACCAACACACAUAUUAAUGAUUCGAGGAACGGUAAAAUGAGAAUGAAAAACAACAGCAGUAAAAGAAAAACAAAAAAACAAAAACAUACAACAGGCGCAUUCACUGCUGCAUUGCUGCAUUUGCGCCACAGAUGUAACAAAUUAUUAAUUAUUGAAAUAAAGCGAAAACAAAUGUUGAUUUUUAUUACAGUGAUAA